AUGGCCUCCGAUAACGAAGAAUACUCUGUACCACAGGCUUUCGGUGCCGGUAUAAAAAGAAAACGUGUUUCAUUCAUUCCAUCCAAGGAUACAGCUACUCUCUCUACAACUUCUGCCCCCGUCACAGUUUCUUCCUCGCCUGCGCCUGGAGCGUCGUCCAUAGCAGAUAAAUACCUCUCUAUCGUACUCCCAUCGAGUAGUCAGUCGGAUUCUCUCUUGCCAAACCGUGCUUCCACGGAUACGAAGCUAUGCGAGGUUUGUCAUCUCCCGUUAAAGGGUACUCCUAAGCGUCCGAAGCAGGAUUGUGAAAAGGAUACCCAGGAUUCAACCAGCGAGUCGGCAGUCCCUGUGCCGCAUGAGGCUUCUCUAGCGCAUCAAGUAUGCCUCCCACAUUCCCAUCCACCAUCCGCCAUUGAUCGGAAAGGGAAAGGCUACAGGUACCUCUCCUCUUAUGGCUGGGACCCCGAUUCUCGCACCGGCCUAGGGCCCACUGGGUCAGGUAUUCAGAUUCCACUCAAACCAAAAAUCAAGAAUGACACAAUCGGGUUAGGAGUAGGCUCUUGGAGAGAUGAAAUAGAGAAUACGGGAGGGAAGCGGCAUGAACGCAGACUUAAGCAACUACGGGAAAAGGAGGAAGCUAAUAGGGUAAAAAACGCCCCUAAGCUGAAUGCAAAACAAAUUCGGCUACAGGAGGAAGCGAAGAGGAAGCAAGGGGAGAAGCUUCGGGAUGUUUUCUACCGGAGUGAGGAUAUGGAGAAGUACUUAGGAAGUUGA